AUUCCAAAAAUAAAAAAAUACAGUAAAAUUGAGUUCGCAGACUGAAAACUCCAAAACCUCACAGAUCAGAAGUGCGAAGACGAAGACGAAGACGAAGACCCCUCAACUAUUCAAAAUCCCUAAAAAAACCCCAUAUUAAAGUCGCUGCAUUUUCAAAUUCAACCUCCUCUAAUUAUUACGCACAAGAACAAAGAGCAAGAAAACGGUGGGAGCAGACAAUUGAUCACUCUCACCGUUUCUGUGAGAUGAGCAGAGUGUCCAAGUUUGUAAUCUUCGAUUCGAUGAGCAGAGCAAGAAAACGGCGUCGUAUUGUUUUCUGGGUUCUUUUUUAGUACCUUUUGUGCUGAAUGGCUAAGCGCGUGCACCAAGUAUGGAAGGGUAACAAUAUCUUUUUUCUGUGUGGGAGGUUGAUUUUCGGCCCUGAUGCCAAAUCACUGCUUGUCACCUUAUUGUUGAUCAUCGCCCCUGUCGUUAUCUUUUGUGUUUUUGUUGCAAGACAUCUUCGGCAUCAAUUCUCAUCCUAUAAUGCAGGAUACGCAAUCAUUGUAGCUGCUAUAGUCUUCUCCAUUCAUGUGCUAGUCUUGUUGUUUCUAACAUCAUCCCGAGACCCCGGAAUUGUGCCACGCAAUUUACAUCCUCCACAAGAAGAUAUUCGUUAUGAUAAUUCUGCAUCAGUGGAGGUUGGCGGAAGGCAGACACCAAGCCUCCAGUUCCCACGAACCAAAGAAGUAAUGGUCAAUGGGCUCCCUGUCAGAGUUAAAUAUUGUGAUACUUGUAUGUUAUAUCGUCCUCCUCGUUGUUCACACUGCUCGAUUUGCAAUAAUUGUGUCGAGCGUUUUGAUCAUCACUGCCCUUGGGUAGGCCAGUGCAUAGGAAUGCGAAACUACCGUUAUUUCUUCUGUUUCGUUUCCUCGGCAGCGCUUCUUUGCAUCUAUGUGUUUUCAAUAUCAGCUUUCUAUGUCAAGGUUUUGAUGGAUGAUCAUAAAGGUACUGUGUGGAAGGCAAUGAAGGAAUCUCCUGCAUCCGUGGUUCUGAUGGGUUACUGUUUCAUAUCAUUAUGGUUUGUCGGUGGGCUGACUGGAUUUCACCUUUAUCUAAUAAGCACUAAUCAGACAACCUAUGAGAACUUCCGGUACAGAGCUGACAGCAGGAUCAAUGUCUAUAAUCGUGGUUGCUUAAACAACUUUUUCGAAGUAUUUUGUACAAAGGUGAAGCCUUCAAAGAACAACUUCCGAGCUUUGGUGCAGGAGGAAUCCCAGAGGCCACCGAUGGCUACUUCAAGGGACAAUGCUGAGCCAGAGGAAACGGGAGAUGACCGACGUAUGAAGGUGGAAGAUGAUUUAGACAUUGGUGGAGAUCUUUUGAAGAUCUCGCAGCGUCAUAACAUUGAAGACAUUGAAGCAGACAUUCGUAGUAGAGGAAGCGAUGUGCCCCAUCACAAUUUAUCUGAAGUAGAUUCUGUGUUGGGUUCUAACAGACGGCCCCCUGCCGUGCAAUUAGAAACAACGCGACGCACAAGUUGGGGGCAAAGUGGUAACUGGGAAAUUGGAAACGAGGGAAGCUUUGUUACUCCGAAAGAAGCAUUCCAGUGAGUGUGCUGAAGUGCAGUAGACGGGCACCGGACAUAAAGCGGUAAACUUGCAAAUUCGAAGGAUAUUCCUCUUUGCAUUUUGAUAUUUGAAGAAAAAUGCCAUCUUAUAUUCAAUCCAAGGCCGAGAUGAUCCAUUUUUACUACCUGUUUAGGCUAUGAUUUGUGCUACCAUUCAUCUCUUGCUCCUUCUUGGACCAAUCUAAUCUUUACCCUUUUUUUUAUUAUUAUUAUGAAAAAUGUGAAGGUUUCUUACUUUUGUAUUUUCCCCAAACAAUCCUAUUUGGUGUCUGUAGUCGUGUGGGUUUUAUGAAUCGGUACUCUUUGUGUAAUUAACUUUUUUUACAUAGAUUGGGCUAGAUAUUUACUUCAAGGCUUUACCACGGUCAACAUUGUAUCAACUAUUUUCAGUUGUAAAUCGAGAUGAUUUGGUUAAA